AUGGGAUCCGGAUCCGAGGGCAACCCCGCACCGCCGCGCGCGCAGGAUGAUCUGUACCGCCACGUCAACGCCGAGUGGCUCGCCGCCAACCCCGUACCUGCCGAGUACGGCCGAUGGGGCACCUUCGAGAUUCUCAACGACGAUGCGCUGAUCAAGACCCGGACGCUGAUGGAGGAGCUGGGCCCCGAGGACAAGGCGGGCGCGUGGAUGGUCAGCGGCAUGAACGCGGCGUCGCAGGACUCCCACGCGGCCCUCGCGCCCACCCUCGCCAUCGCGAAGCAGCUCUCUGAAGCGUCGGGCCCCGACGGCGAUGCGACCGCCGUCGCGCGCGCCGUCGCGCUCCUUCACGCGUCCGGGGUCGAAUGCGCCUUCUCCGUCGGCGACAUGCCCGACAAGAAGAACUCAUCGCACUCCAUCGCGGCGCUCGCGCAGGGCGGCCUCGGCCUACCCGACCGCGACUACUACCUCUCGGAAGAGAAGGACCGAGCGGAGACGCGCGAGAAGUACCGCGCGCACGUCGCCGCGAUGCUCGCGCUCGUCGGCGGCGAGUACGCGGACGCGAACGCCGCGGCCGCAGCCGCCGACGACGUCGUUUUGAUCGAGACGUCCAUCGCGAAAUCGCACCUCUCGCCCGCGGAGCGGCGAGACGCCGAGAAAACGUAUAAUAAAUACGCCUCGUGCGACGUCCUGCCGAACGGCGAACGUUUCCCGUGGCGCGCGUACUUCGAGGCGCUGGGAAAGCCGGAGCCCGGGGAGCUCAACGUCUCGUGGCCGGACGCGUUGGUCGCCGCGACGGACGCGCUCAUCGGGUCACCGGGGGGAGGGGAUUCGGAAUCGGGACGUCAAUUAGAUUACAAAAGAGCGGUGUUGGCGUACGCGACGUUCCACUGCGCCAGCUCGGCGGCGUCGUACCUCGCCGACGACUUCGUGAACGAGGACUUCUCCUUCUUCGGCGUGGAGCUGAACGGCCAGAAGGAGCUGAAGCCUCGGUGGAAGCGGGUGGUGUCGCAGGCGAACGGCGCCAUCGGGGAGCUCGUCGGGCAAAAGUACGUGGAGCGACACUUUCCGAAGCACGCCAAGGACGCGGCGGUUCGUCUGGUGGAGUGCGUCAAGGGCGCGGUGGAGGACAGGCUCCGCGAGCUUCCGUGGAUGUCGGCCUUAACGAAGGAAAAGGCGUUGGAGAAGAUGUCCGGUUUCCGGGUUAAGAUUGGAUACCCGGAUGAGUGGAAAGACUACGCCGCCUUGGAGCUCGCCGCGGAGGCGCCCUACUAUUCCAACGCCCGCGCCGCGCAGAUGUUCGAGCACGAACGCAUGCUGGCGCGCAUCGACGCCCCGGUCGACCGCGAGCGCUGGUUCAUGGCGCCGCAGCAGGUCAACGCGUAUUACCACCCGAUGCUGAACGAGAUUGUCUUCCCGGCGGCGAUUCUUCAGCCCCCGUUUUUCGACCCCGCCGCCGAUCCAGCCGUAAACUUUGGCGCGAUCGGCGCGGUCAUCGGGCACGAGAUCACGCACGGGUUCGACGACCAGGGCCGCAAGUACGACGCGUCCGGGAACAUGAACGACUGGUGGCAGCCGGCGGACGCUGAGCAGUUCAACGCCCGCGCCGCGGUCAUCGUCAAGCAGGCCAACGACACCGUCGACUGCACGUGUCGCAACGUCAACGGCGAGCUGACGCAGGGAGAGAACAUCGCCGACCUCGGCGGCCUCAGGCUGGCGUACAGAGCGUGGGGCGAAUACGUCAAAACAAACGGAGCCGACGGACAACUUCCGGACAACGUUCCGGAUAACUUCCCGAAGGAUUCCGCGAAACGGUUCUUCUUCAGCUGGGCGACGAUAUGGAGGCAGAACAUCACCGCCAAACUCGCGGCCAAGUACAUCGCCGUCGACCCCCACGCGCCGCCCGAGGUCAGGGUCAACGGCACAGUGUCCAACAUGCCGGAGUUUAUCGCGUCGUUCGACGUCAAGGAGGGCGACGGACUGUUCAGGACGGACGAGACGCGGGUGGAUAUAUGGUGA